AUGGCAAUAAUAGUUGUCGUGUUAUGUGGGUUUUCAUUCUAUCUUGGUGGAAUGUUUUGUUCGGAAAAGGACAGAUAUGUAACCAAGGACAUUACUAAGGCUAUUGAAACUUCCAAGGAAAUGGGUGCAUGCCCUCUCCAAAUUAAAGAAGUAACUUUUCCUGAAUGCAGCAUUGAUUAUCAGGAUUACACGCCAUGCACAGAUCCAAGGAGGUGGAAGAAGUACAGUACUCAUCGGCUAACUUUUCUAGAGCGUCAUUGUCCUCCAUUAUAUGAAAAGAAAGAGUGUUUAGUUCCACCACCUGAUGGCUAUAAGUUGCCUAUAAGAUGGCCUAAGAGCAGAGAUGAAUGUUGGUACAGGAAUGUUCCCUAUGAUUGGAUAAGCAAAAAAAAAUCAGAUCAACAUUGGCUGAGGAAAGAGGGGGAUAAGUUCUUCUUCCCUGGUGGGGGAACCACGUUCCCCAAAGGUGUUGGUCCCUACGUCGAAUUGAUGCAAGAUCUGAUAUCGGGAAUGACAGAUGGGACUGUCCGGACUGCUAUUGACACUGGGUGUGGAGUUGCCAGCUGGGGAGGUUAUUUAUUAGACCGUGGGAUUCUAACUGUCUCUCUUGCUCCAAGGGAUAAUCACGAGGCUCAGGUUCAAUUCGCUCUGGAACGUGGAAUUCCUGCAAUUCUGGGCAUCAUCUCAACACAGAGGCUUCCUUUCCCUUCAAACUCUUUUGAUAUGGCACACUGCUCAAGAUGCCUUAUUCCAUGGACUGAAUUUGGUGGUAUUUACCUUCUGGAGAUUCACCGUAUACUGCGGCCUGGAGGCUUUUGGGCACUCUCUGGCCCACCAGUGAACUAUAAAAGACGCUGGAGGGGAUGGAACACAACCAUGGAAGAGGAGAAAUCAAAUUAUGAAAAGUUACAGGACUUGCUGACUUCAAUGUGUUUCAAAUUGUACAACCAAAAGGAAGACAUUGCUGUUUGGCAGAAAUUAUCAGACAACAGCUGCUAUAAAAAGCUUGAAACCCCUGACAAUUACCCUCCGAAGUGUGAUGAUGGAACUGAGCCAGAUUCGGCCUGGUACACUCCACUUCGGCCCUGUGUCGUGGUUCCAAACCCAAAGUUAAAGAGAGUAGCAUUAGAGUACCUCCCGAAAUGGCCACAAAGGUUGCACACGGCUCCAGAGCGUGUCACUGAUGUUCGUGGAGGCAGUGCUGGUGCUUUCCAGAACGACGAUAGCAAAUGGAAGUUACAGGUGAAGCAUUACAAGAAGUUGCUCCCUGCAAUUGGGACCGAUAAGAUAAGAAAUGUAGUUGACAUGAACACUAGGUAUGGAGGAUUUGCAGCUGCUUUGAUUGAUGAUCCGCUAUGGGUAAUGAAUGUCGUUUCUUCAUAUGCUGCAAAUACGCUUUCUGUGGUGUAUGAUAGGGGCCUCAUAGGAGCUUACCAUGACUGGUGUGAGGCUUUCUCAACUUACCCUCGAACAUAUGAUCUUCUUCAUCUAGAUGGACUCUUCACAGCCGAAAGUCACAGGUGUGAAAUGAAGUAUGUUCUCCUCGAGAUGGAUCGCAUCCUCCGGCCCAAUGGAUAUGCAAUCAUCCGAGAAACCAGCUACGUCGUGGAUGCUGUUGCUACCAUGUCUAAGGGAAUGAGAUGGGAAUGUCGUAAAGAAGAUACAGAAAGUGGCGUCGAGAUUGAAAAGAUCUUAAUGUGCCAGAAAAAACUCUGGUUUUCUUCCAAGCAAACUUCAAGAUGA